UUGGAGAACAUGGAAGGGAGCGUGGACUCAGAAAACUCUCUUUUCUUUUCUUCCUGGGACUGGAAGAACAAUGCAGGGGCUGCUUUGGAGCUCAGCCACAGCUCAUCUCCUCAGAGCCUCUCUCCGUCCCCUUCCUUUGAAUCUUACUCUUCGUCCCCAUAUCCCUUAGUUGUGGAGGUGCCCUGUGCCAACAGCAGCAGGAGUGACAGUGGCACCAGCAACAACAGCUUGAAGGGAUACCCUCUGAUGGAGUUUCCUUCCAUGUACCUCCCAAGCCCUGGACAGGGCAAAGGCCAGAAAGGCCUCAAAGUCAGGAUGUCAGUUCAACGCAGGAGAAAGGCCAGCGAAAGAGAGAAGCUGAGAAUGAGGAGCCUGGCUGAAGCACUGCACACGCUGCGCAACUAUCUGCCUCCUAUCUACAGCCAGAGGGGCCAACCUCUUACCAAGAUACAGACACUGAAAUACACCAUCAAGUACAUCAGCGAGCUCACAGACCUGCUGAAUAAUGUCAAACAAGUACAGCUGCCUUGA